AUGGAUGGAUGGAUGGAUGGACAAGUGCAGGAUCCUGAAGCAGACGACACACCUCUCGAACACUUUCCCUCGCAGAUUCGGAACCAGAUAUUUUCAUCCAGGCUGAAUGCCGAGCCAAUAUCACAACUAGCGGGUAGCAUGAGUAGGGACAGGGGUCAAGCUGGUCCAAAUGGAUCCGUGGACUGCAACAAUAGAAGACCGAGAAGUUGCCCGCCGCGGGACGCCGAUUUGGUUAGCACUCCGGAGCAUCUUCGUCCUGGAUUUCGUGGACGGGCGCGCCGCUACAACCCAAGCGACUUCGGGUUGACUGGCAACGAGGAGUGGCGCCAUCCACGGAUGUUUAGGGACAUGACCUAUGAGACGGAUGCUGCGGCCAUGGAAACCUUUCGCCAAGCACAACCACGUCGCCAAGCGUAUGAAACGGGGAUUAAUCUGAGCAAUCUGCCCGAGGAGUGCCUGGCGGAUAUGUCGGCACCUGGUUUUGAUCUCAGCCUGCCCUCGCAGAUGUCCGAUUUGCGAGGAGAGCUCCUGGCCGAUGUGUCGGCUCCGGAUAUGUGCGAUGUCUCGCAAAGCCAUGCGGAUGAUGUGUAUGGUGAGAUUCUGGACCGCUUUAGGAGCAUUCGAGAACGCAUCAAUCGUUCGAACCAACGCCGCCGAUCGGAUGACUGCGCGAUGCAACAGCAUAAAACGCAUCGCAGAAUAUACACCCACCGGGACCCGAGUGGCCAUAUAACCAGCCACGUGGAUGAGACGACCAUUUCAAAUACACCCUCCAUGGAUUGCACGCCGGCUGGUGAGGGCGGAGAGCCUGGACGUCAUCUUAAUUUCUCGCUGCCAGACCGAUCUGAGAACCUAAUGGAUGAGUCAAUGCCCUCGUAUCACGAGCCGUCGCUGCCAAACGAGUGCUUGGAGGUCAUGUCCUCCCAGGACGUGCUGGAGAACGAGACCAUGCCAUCGUUCGCCAAUAGUUCUGUGCUCUCGCGAAGACAGCCCACAAUGCCGAGCGAAUGUCUCGAGGAUGUGAGCCAGCCCACUUUCGACAGGAGUAGAUCUCGCAGACAGAGUUCCAGAAGGCAACUGACGCUGCCUUCGCAGAACCUUUGGGACAUAUCAGCGCCCUCGUUUGGCGACACUACCAACGAGUGCCUGGAGGAUAUAUCAAUGCCCUCAUUUGCAGGGGUGUCCAAUGUAUCCAGGAGCAGAAGUCCCCGGCGGCGGCGGAGAUCUAGGAGUGCGCGUAACAUAAGUGAUACAUCAGCCCCAACUCUGGUCAAUUCCCAUCGAGGGCAAACCACAAACGAGUGCCUGGAUGACGUGACCAUGCCAUCGUUUGGAAGAUCAUUAGGCGCCUCGCCGCGCCGAAGCCGUCGUCAAACGCAUAGAUCGAUGUCGAAGUCAAACAUCAACGACAUAUCUGAGCCCACAUAUGUCAGUAUCUCAAGGGGACCCAUGACUAACGAAUGUCUAGAUGAUAUCACUAUGCCAUCUUUUGGAGCAACAUCGGAGGUUUCCAGGGGGAGAAUGUCGCGGGGGCAAGCGAUGCCCAGCGAAUGCCUGGAGGACAUGACAAUGCCAUCUUUCGGAGGCAUUUCAAGGGGCAAAAGUCCCGAACGACAUCAGCGAUCCAUGCCGUCGAGGAUGACCAGCGAGUGCUUGGACGAUAUGACCAUGCCAUCGUUUGGUGGCGUUGCAGGAUCCUCCAGGAGGCAAUUGACGCUUCCCAGCGAGUGCCUGAAUGAUGUGAGUGUACCGUCCUUUGCGAGGAGCAGUUCUCGAGCAUCGAGCCGCCGGCAAAGAACCAAUAUCGACGACAUAUCGGCCCCCUCGUUUGCACACUCCACCAAAUAUGGAGACUCAAUGGGAUGCCUGGAAGACGUGUCAAUGCCAUCUUACGGCGGAGCAUCGGAAGCAUCGAAAAUAAAUCGAUCAAGGCGACAGCAGCUAACAAUGCCAUCGCAAAAUAUUGCAGAUAUAUCUGCACCAUCAUUCGCGAGUUCCGGCCGUGGUAAUGCGACCAAUGAGUGCUUAGAGGACAUAUCGAUGCCCUCUUUUGGAGAGGUGUCCACCAAAUCCAGGAGCAGAAGUCCCAAGCGCCAGCCAAGAUGCGCAAGGUCGCCAAGCCCGUGUGAUGCCCCAAGUACAAGACAUCGUUCGAUGACCAACGAGUGCUUGGAUGAUAUGACCAUGCCUUCAUUGUGUGGAGCAUCUGCUGCGUCCAGAAGACAAAUGACCCUGACAAGUGAGUGCUUGGACGAUGUCAGUGCCCCAUCCUUCGGACGAAGCGUCUCCCGCGGUUCCAGCAGAAGACGAGGCACACUGUCAACCCCAAACCCAUGUGCCAGUUCCACCAGAUGCCAGUCGACAAAUGAGUGCUUGGAGGACAUAACAAUGCCUUCGUUUGGCGCCGUUUCUGUGGCUUCCGCACACAGACAGUUGACCAUGCCCAGUGAGUGCCUGGAGGACAUGAGUGCACCGUCCUUUGCAGGUGUUUCUGGUCCAUCUAGAAGGCACACUACUGGCCUACCCAGCGAGUGUCUUGACGACAUGAGCAUGCCCAACUUUGGCAAUAUUUCUGGAAUAAUGCGAGGAACUGAAUGUGAGCCCGCAUUUGGAAGAAGUAGAUCGCUUGGUAGGAGUGGCCGAAGAAAGUCCUCCAGUGAAUGUCUGGCGGAUGUGACAAUGCCAUCAUUUGGUGGGAUUUCAUAUUCUUCCAGAAGGAAGAGUACCACACGAAGUCAGAGAGCCAUGCCACCUAUGACCGACUUAUCUGCCAUGAGUACUAAUGAAUGCCUGGAAGAUGUCACCAUGCCUUCGAUUGGAGAUGUCUCCAGCAGAUCCAGAGCAAGUAGUCCGCGGCAAAGAUUAAUAACUCCGAGAAGGGGGCAGUUGACAAGCGAGUGCUUGGAUGAUCAAACAAUGCCAUCGUUUGGGUGUGUUUCACAAUCUUCAGGUCGAAGGACUCCCAGACGACAUUUCACGAAUAUCCCUGGCUCAAGUCCGGAAUUUAAUACUAAUGAAUGUAUUGGGAAUAUUUCCAUGCCUUCGUAUUUCAAUAACACGGGAGCAACCUUUUCGUCAGUGCAAAGGUCAAGACCAGGAGCACUGACCAACGAAUGCUUGGAUGAAGUUACCAUGCCAUCCUUUGGCACUUCUACCUUUGGCACGGCUACCAAUGAAUGUCUCGAGGACAUUUCAAUGCCUUCAUAUCGGGAUCACACCGGAUCGCUUAGGCAUAGAUGUCCAACACCAAUGCAGAGCUCCAGACCAGAAUGUUUGGAUGAUAUGACUAUGCCAUCCUUAGCCAGUACAAUGCAAACUUACGGAGAAACUACACGGUCGUCUAGAGGAAAAAGUCCUAGGCCAAUGCAGAGCCCAAGGCAAAGGACAUUGACCAAUGAAUGCUUGGAUGAUGUGACCAUGCCAUCAUUUGGAAGAUCCUACGGAGAACCGCUUACCAAUGAAUGUCUUGAGGAUAUUUCGAUGCCAACAUGUGAAAGUACAGGGUCGUCUAGAGGACGUAGCCCUAUGCAAAGAUCCAGACAAAGAGCGAUGACUAGCGAGCGGCUGGAUGACAUGACGAUGCCUUCCUUUGGAGGUUCAGCGCGUGGACACGCUACUAGUGAAUGCCUUGAAGAUAUUUCAAUGCCGUCAUAUGGAACGCAGUCAGGAAUGUCUAGGAGCAGGUACCUCACGCCAUCACAGAGAUCGAAUCAGAACGCGACCACAGAAUGCUUGGAUGACAUGACCAUGCCAUCGUUUGGUGAUCCAAGUCAUGGAACUGGAUUUGGCGAAUGUCCUGAGGCCUUCAGAUCGUUUUCAAGUCGAAGCCCCAGGCAAAUCCAAAUAUUCCAGGGCCCGAUGACCAACGAAAACUUGGAUAACAUUACCAUGCCAUCGUUUGGGACCUUCGGUCAGAGUCGAGCUACAAACGAAUGCCUCGAGGACGUUUCAAUGCCAUCAUUUAUUAGAAACACCAACUCAAUACCAGGAAGAAGCACCACGCCAAGGCAGCGGACCAGAAACGAAAUGACGCCUAACGAAUGUCUAGAUGACAUGACCAUGCCCUCAUUUGGAGAAGUAUUUGCCACACCCCAAAGGCAAAUGACUUUACCAAGUGAGUGCUUGAACGACGUGAGUCAGCCGUCCUUCGCAAGAAGUACUUCUGAGGGAACCAGCCGGAGACAUGGGACGCCCCAGACCACAGGCUCGCGUGGUAGAAGCCCUAGGCCAAAUCAAAGGUCGGUGACAAAUGAGUGCCUGGAUGAUAUGACAAUGCCAACGCUUGGCGACAUCUCCGGGUCAUCGCGACGUGGCAUAGACAACAGCCUUUGCCUGGAGGACAUCAGCAUGCCCUCAGGAAUCCUAAAUCGAACUCAGCACAGUGAAUGCGCUGAGGAUAAGGUGAGCGGAACGCAAGGAGAACCCUGGACCAACGAAUGCCUCGAGGAUGUGAGUGCUCCCAGCUUUGCGCCCAGCUCUCGAAUGACCUCAAGACAUAUGCCCGAGAUGACGAAGGAGUGUUUGGAGGACGUGUCUAUGCCGCUGAAUGAAUCAUUAGAUAUGAACGAUUCGAAAUCAAUAGCGCGACGUCCCCCCGACAUUUCAUAUCCCUCGGAAUUGCUGGCCAACGAGAGUGCUCCAUCCUAUCACUCGCGCCAGGAUAAAUCCGAAAAGUCGGCUGAUUGCCCUGCCAUAUGUACCCAGAAAACUGGCAGAAGUCGAGCCUGGGAAAAUUCCAGUGGUGAUCGAUUGGAGGAUGUGUCAAUGCCCACAUUUGAGGAUGUAUCCUAUCAGCCACGUCGCCACCAAUUGACCAUGCCCAGCGAGAACUUGGCGGAUCAGACUCAGCCGGAGUUCUUUAGCUCCACGGCACUGCCAAGUUCUACUAGAACGGAGAAGCACCAAGCCACCAAAUCCCCUCGACAGGAGCAGAAAAGCAGCAGCAAGCAGCUCGCCGAUGAGAGUGCUCCAGCUAUACUGAAGGACACCACAAAGGGACCCUCCGAAGUGGUGAAGGAAGUGACCGUUCAGAGCUCGACCACUUCUGUGACCAGGGUUUUCCAGAAGACCCCAGAAACCCCCAAUAACACCGGUCAUCCCAUGAUAGAAGACCUUUCCAUGCCGCAGUUUGAGUCCACGGGCGCUAGCACCCAUCAGGAUGCCUCCCUGCACGGCUUUCAGUCCAUGGAUAACUAUAGGCCAUUCGAUCAACUGAUUUACAGCCAGAACUCGGUGGGUAAUCAAACUCAGCCCGAGACUCCGCAGCCAGCAAGAUCCACAUCUCGCAGUCGAAUUGGGCACAGAACACCAAGAACACCCAGAACACCAAGCACACCAAGAACACCAAGCACACCGAGCACCCCGGGUAAUCGAGGAGCAGCUUCUCCCAGCUCUAGUACUGGAACUCCAGGACAACCAUGCGAUAUGAUCAGCACUAAUUAUCCCUACGGAAAACCACACUGCUAUAACCGAAAGCCCUGCUAGCUGAAUAUUUGUCUUGUAAAUUGGUUUUAAUACGGCCUGGUGAUAUAUUUUUAUAUAUUUUUUUU